ACAAACACCUAAGUUCUUUGUUUUGGUUCUUGUCUUUAUUAGUCUUACUCUAACGUUGUAGAAAAAGCAAAAGAAGAAAAAAGACAAAACAAGGCAACGGAACAUGCAUGAAUUUUGGUGCUAAUUAACAUCUAAAAGUGCAUUUCAUUUCAUGCAUGAUUCUACCACCUUGUGUUAAAGUUGGCAUUUCUUGUCCAUAUUCUUAAAGGGGUACUUUUCUUAUAUCAAAAUGUGUAAUGGUGAAAGAAAUUGUUGUGUAUUGAGAAGUGGUUCAAAAACAUCUUCAUCAAUGAAGCUCUUUUUGUCUAUGGUUCCUCUCAUCCUUGUUGCAGUUGUGGGAAUUGUUUCUAUACUGAGUCCUAAAGAAAGAGGAGAGAUUGUGGACUUGAGAUCUCAAGCGGUGCAGUUUGAGAUGAAUAGUUCUCACAUUGCUUUCAAUCAUUCUUCUUCAACACCAUUUCCUGUUCAUCCCAUACACACACUUCAACAAUCUAAUGAAACUGAAGUUCUCAACAUCUCCAAACCUUGGCUCAACAGUACUGUUCCAUUGAAUGAAACUUAUGUAGCUCAUCCAAGAUUGAAGCAACAAAGAAAGUUCAGCAUCUUAGAUAGAACAGAAGCCGGUCUGUUACAUGCUCGAGCUGCUAUUAGAGAAGCCAGCUAUAGUACUCAAACACAAGAUCCAGAUUAUGUUCCAAUAGGUCCAAUGUAUUGGAAUGCUAAGGCAUUUCACAGGAGCUACUUAGAAAUGGAGAAACAGUUCAAAGUAUUCGUCUACGAAGAAGGGGAGCCUCCGGUUUUUCACAAUGGACCUUGCAAAAGCAUAUACUCCAUGGAAGGGAACUUCAUUCAUGCUAUUGAAUUGAAUGACCAAUUUAGAACUAGAGAUCCUCAGAAAGCACACGUCUAUUUCCUUCCGUUCAGUGUGGUAAUGUUGGUCCGAUUCGUUUAUUUAAGGGACUCUCGUGACUUUGGACCUAUAAGAAAAACUGUCACGGAUUAUAUCAAUGUCAUUGCUGGAAAAUAUCCAUAUUGGAAUAGAAGCCUUGGAGCUGAUCAUUUCAUGCUAGCUUGCCAUGACUGGGGACCAGAGACUUCAUUCUCCGUACCAUACCUACACAAGAACUCCAUCCGCGUGCUAUGCAAUGCCAACACCUCAGAAAGAUUCAACCCUGCAAAAGAUGUUUCAUUCCCUGAAAUCAAUCUCCAAACAGGUUCAAUCAACGGUUUUCUCGGUGGACUGUCAGCAUCUAAACGUCCGAUUUUAGCUUUCUUUGCAGGAGGACUUCAUGGUCAUAUUAGAGCCAUUCUUCUUGAGCAUUGGGAAAACAACAAAGAUCAAGAUAUGAUGAUUCAAAAGUAUCUUCCAAAGGGUGUUUCUUACUAUGAAAUGCUGAGAAAGAGCAAGUUCUGUCUCUGUCCUAGUGGUUAUGAGGUGGCUAGUCCAAGGAUAGUUGAGGCAAUUUACACAGGCUGUGUUCCUGUACUUAUUUCAGAUCAUUAUGUUCCUCCAUUUAGUGAUGUCUUAAAUUGGAAGUCUUUUUCUGUUGAGAUUUCGGUUGAAGAUAUUCCCAAAUUGAAGGAUAUUUUGAUGAGAAUUUCUCCAACACAGUAUAUAAGGAUGCAGAGAAGAGUUGUACAGAUAAGGAGACAUUUUGAGGUACAUUCUCCACCAAAGAGGUUUGAUGUGUUUCAUAUGAUACUCCAUUCUGUGUGGCUUAGAAGAUUGAACUUCAGAGUUCAUGAUGAUCAAUAAAUAAAUUAUCAUGUGUCCUAACUUGUGACCAUGUUUGACAAUUUGCUUCAUACAGUUGGUGUCACAUUGCCAAUGUAAUAUGGAAUGAUUCUAUCUAUUUUUGUCAUGUAUAUCAUGUAUGAUGAAAUUCUAGCGCACUUGUUUUAAUA